AUGGUCUUACAUGUCAGGGAGGUUGUUUACCAUUUGCACCUUGGCCGCAACUAUUGGUUCACCUCCAGCGGUGGGCAGCGGUGCGGAUUGAGCCAUUGGUGGGAAAACAGCAUACGGUGUUUGCUGGUGGUGGCUGCUGUUGAAGCGAGGCUGCUUCGCAUUGGCAGCGGAGCCUGCGGGCUGGCGCUGGAGGAGGACUUCCAGAAGGAAAACUUGGUUGAGAAGGGCAAGUACCUGGUGAGGCGAAGUGUGGAAGAGAAGACGAGCAACUUGUGGAGCUUGUUGCCGAGUUUCGACCCUAGCGUUGAUAGCGCUAAAGAGUAUGCAGACAAGGUGAAGUUUCUCUGGGGCAUAUGCCCUGUGAAGGAUAGAAGUAUGUUGGCACCAAGGUUGGCAUUGCAGUGCAAAGGGACUGCAUGGAGUCAGGUGAGAGCCAUUGAUGCUUCGAAGUUGACAAACCCUGAGACUGGCUACAAGGUACUGUUGAAAGCCUUAGAGACUUGGGAGGAUGCCGAGGAACUUCAGACCUUUGACAAGUUUGAGAAGGCGUUCUACCGGGUGGUCCAAAAGACAGACGAGUCAGCGAUGUCGUUUGUCAAUCGAAUCAAUGUUGCUUUCGAAGAAGUGGGCUCUGAAACAACCGUCCAACAAGUUCGAGUCUUCGUGAUGUUGAGACAGAGUGCCUUGACUGUGGAGGACAAGAAGCGUGUGGUAUCUAUGGCGGGCAACUAUGAUCCGUCGGCUGUGGAAAAGGCAAUGAGGUCCCUGUCGACCAAAGUGCUUGGGCAGACUGAUGCUGGACGCAAAAAGGUGUACCCAGCCAACUUUGUGGAAGAGGAGUUGGAUGAAAUACACUAUGCAGCUGAAGAAGAAUGUGAUGAAGAGCAAGCCUUAGCCAUGCUCAUCGAUGAAGGUGAUGAGACAGCCCUUGCCAUACAGGAGUUCGAGGAUCAGGUGAUCCAUGUCUGUCAGGAAUCACCUGAACUGGCCAUGGCUUUCUCCACGUACCAGGAGGCACGACAGAAGCUUCGAGACAAGUUUCGCAGCAGAGGGUUUUGGCCCCUUCGUCAUGGAAAAGGGAAAGGCAAGAACAAGUCAAAGAAGGGCAAAGGCCCCAGAAAGUAUAAAAGUCUUGCAGAGCGCAUAGCAAGCUCUACCUGUCGUGCCUGUGGAGCACGAGGCCACUGGAAGGAUGAGUGCCCGCUGAAGGACAAGAAUGUGACUGCAGAUGCGAACGUGAUCCUCACGGAAGAGCUCUCAGGGGGUGGUGAACUUCUUGAUGAACUUCCUGGCCAUGAUCUUGCCAAUUGGCAGGAAAGUAGGAAUGGCAGCUUAGGUGACUCAGGCACUGGGAUCAUAGACACCGGUGCAAGCAAGUCCGUGAUCGGCGAAAAGCGAGUGAGUGCACUUUUGUCUACUUUGAAGGCAGAACACCGUGAGAUGCUGCUGUGGCUCAACCUCAAGUUGACAGAGAACCAGAUCAGCUUCAAAGUCAGUCCGCUCUUUCUCAAGCUGACAGCCAUGGCUCUUCCAAGUGCCUCGGGAACGCAAUUUCCGGGACUCCAGACAGAGAUGCUAGAUGCGAUGCUGUCCGGAGAAGUGGAUGCCUCUCUGGCCUUCGAAGAUCGACAACUACCAGAGAUCAAAAGUCGUCGCCCUCCAGGUGUGAUGACCUUGAGGGAGUGGGGUCAGUUGAAGUUCCCGGAAGGGAAGUGGCGUCACAAGUCCUUCUUUCCGGCAUACCAGGAGGACCCAAAGUACGGCAAGUUCAUGAAGGAGCACAGGAAACUGGUGUCAGCUUGGGCACUGAGUUUUCAGGCUUACGUGGAAGCCAUGGACAGGAUGCAGGAAGAUUGCUCGAAGGCCUUCUACCAGGAGUAUGCCAGACAGUGGGCCAAAGCCGAGAUGUCCAAGAUGUAUCCGAAGGCAGAGAUCGAGAAGAGUCAAGGACCAGAGUGGGAGCUGUUGACCGGAGGGGUGUCAUCGCGUCCAAUGAGCACGAUGUCAUCACCAAGUCAGAAGCACCCCAUGGAAGAAGAGCAGUCGCAGAUGGCGAUCGAGGUGCGGCAGAUAGAGGAGAAGAUCACUCGCAUGGCGAUCUUGCAGCGCGAGAUGGACAAGAUCAAGGCCGACUUGGAGGGAACAGAUCAGCAAUUGACCAACCAAUUGCUCAAAAAGAUUGAACUAGCAAUGGGAACAAUUGAAGCAGAGCUGACCUGUCUUCAAAAGAUAUGGCCGACGCUGACCGACUCUCAGACUUUCCAGAAGUUUGGAAGUGAUCUUCUGGAGAUCUAUUGUGAAGAACAUUCUCAAAUCACAGAACAAGCUUGUAAGCUGGGAUUGAAGGCCAGAAGAUUCACUUUCAGUGAUGGAGAUCUUUCUACACCAGAAGGUCAAGCUGCGCUUUGGAAAGUCUUGGAGGAAGAGCGACCGAGAGAAAAGCCACUGGUUUUGGAUGAGUUGCAUGUUUGUGAUGUUGAUGAAGCUUUUGUUGCAGGAGUUGUCAAAAGAAAAAGAGUGUCCGCUGAAGCAGUUCCAGAGAGCUUAGAAGAGCCGGUUUCAGCAGAAGUGAAGCGUCCAAGGUAUCACUGCAAACAGACACCAGCAGGUGACCACGGAUGUGCAGCCGGUGAAUAUUGGGAUGGCAUUUUUAAGAAAAUUGAAACCAUGGUUCCACGGGUAGGCAAACGUGUUUUGGAUGAUGAUGGGGUUUUAGCUCAGAUUCAGAAGGGGGCCCCAAACUUGAAGGUUCAGAGGGUUGAAGCCUGUAGGGGAACUGAGAGGUUGCGCCUUCCUGGAGCUGAUGCGGACCCAGAAACCAUCCCGUUGAGAUUGACCGUGGUCAAAGACCGCAUCACGGGUCAGUCAAUGGUACUUGGCCCAGCUGAGGAAUGGGCUGCUCUGCCAAAAAGGCAGCAAAUUCGAAAGGGUCAAUCUGCAAAGAUGAGCCUCACCAUUUUUGGAAGUUUUCCAAAGUCAGGAGAGCUUGAGACAAUGGGGUCUGAUAAGGAAGCAGGUACUGGGGAUGAUGGUGAAGAUGUUGUUGUGGUAAGUAAAGACCCUCCCAAGAAUGUUCCGGUUCAUGGACCAGGGUACAUGUUGUUGAAUGGUGAUGAAAAGGCUCAGAUUCGAAGGUUGCAUCACAACUUAGGCCAUCCACAUCCACAGAAGUUUGCCUGGUUUUUGAAGGAAAGGCAUGCGGAACCUCAUUUGGUUCAAGGAGCUCUGGACUAUCAGUGCGACAGUUGUGCGGAAACAAAAGCUGGUCCAGACUCCACCCGUCCUGGCACAAUUCAUGAGAAUCUGGGAUUCAAUCAAGUGAUUGGUAUGGACACUGCUGUAUGGACUAAUAGUGUUGGUAAGAACUUUCAGUUUUCUCAUAUCAUUGAUGAAGGGACUUUGUUUCAUGUUGGGUCUCAUGUUGUCAGUGCGGACACAGAUUCUCAAAUACGAGUCUUUGAGAAAUGUUGGAUGUUAUGGGCUGGCACUCCACAAGUUGUGUAUGUUGACCCUGGCACGGAAUAUACGGCAGAAGCAUGGCAGGACAGAAUGCAACGGCAUGACAUCCAUGUCAAAGUCAGUGCAAGUGAAGCACACUGGCAACUGGGGAGAGUGGAAAUUCACGGAUCAGUUGUGAAGAAGAUGUUGAGUCGCAUGGAUUUGGAGUCACCAAUAAAAUCGGUUGGGGAGUUUGAGCAGGCUUUGGUUCAUGUGUUCAAUGCCAAGAACAGUUUAUCCAGAGUGAAGGAAUACUCUCCCGAACAAGCUGUCCUUGGAAUUGCCAAAAGAUUGCCUGGGUCCGUUGUCUCUAGUCAGGGGGUAGGAAGUAUAACUCUGGCUGAAGGGACUGGUCCCGAGAGCGAAGCCUUUCGAGCCAGUCUGGAAAGACGCAGCAGUGCACGCAGAGCUUUCAUAGAAGCUGAUAAUUCAUCCAGUCUUCGUCGUGCGCUUUUGAGGCGGACUCGGCCAAUGCGAGGACCCUUUGAAAUAGGAGAUCUUGUGUUGUAUUGGCGUAGGAGGGGUGCCAAUCUACGUAGAGAUCGUGGUCGCUGGUAUGGGCCAGGGAGUGUUGUUGCAGUCGAAGGGUCCAAGAAUGUUUGGUUGAAUCAUGCUGGAAAGCUAGCGCGCACGAGCCCUGAGCAACUUCGUGCAGCCAGUUUUCGGGAGUGGAAGCAGGCCAAAGAGUUGCUCACAGAGUCUGGCCCAGGGAACUCAGAUUUACAGAGAGCCCUUAAUGAUGGCAGUUUCAUUGAUGUAGAUGGGGAGGAUUUGCCUGACCGGGAAGCUGAAACAGAGGGAUAUGACCCAUCAAUUGGGGAGCCCGAAGGAGAGUUGUCAGUUCAGCCACCUGGGACACCUAAUGGGGAGUUGAGCAAUCAGUCUGAACCGCCUCAAGGAGUGGAACAGUCAGAGAAUGAACUCCCUGAUUACGUGCGUGUGCCGGUUCCAGAAAGUGUCAGUGAGUCCGAUGGUGAUGCCUCACAGGCGGGCGUCAAUCUUGAACCAACGGAUGACCUUCUGUUUGGAGAUGACAUCACCAUGUCUGCAGAUGAUAGGUGUUGCCAGUUCUGGGAGAUUGAAAUUCCUGUUGAAAACCAUGAAGAGCAUGCACUGUUUUGCGCUGGAUCAGCAGAUGAAAGUGUGUUGUUGGUGACUGGAGCAAAGAAGAAACGAGUUGAAGUCCGUUUGAGUGAUUUAAGCAGUGCUGACCAACAGCGCAUGGCGGUGGCCAAGCACAAAGAAAUAGGCGCCUGGCUCAAACAUGGAACUGUGAGAAAAGCAUCCAAAGGAAAAAUUCCUGAGGAAGCAAUCAUGCGCUGCCGAUGGCUGCUCACCUGGAAAUCAGCCUCACCUGAGGAUCACCCCAAGGAUGUGAGUGAGGGUCGUAAGGCAAAGGCCCGGUUGAUUGUUGUUGGAUACGAGGAUCCUGGAGUAGGGGUGGUUCAAAAUGAUUCACCCACACUCACCAAAGAUGGAAGACAGAUGGUGGUGCAACAGGCGAGUAGUCAUGGUUGGGAACUAGUUUCCUUCGAUGUCUCAACUGCCUUUCUUCAAGGCGAAGGAGACGGCCGCUUGCUUGGUUUGUAUCCCACCCCAGAGUUAACAGAAGCCCUUGGGUUGGAACCUGGUGAUCAGUGUCAAUUGGUAGGUAGUGCGUAUGGUCGUGUUGAUGCUCCUUAUUUGUGGUAUUGUAAGUUUCGUGACUCGUUGUUGCAAGAAGGGUCCUUUGUCUUCACUGGCAUAAGGUUUCAGCAGUGGGAUGAUGGCAGUGUGGAGUAUGAUCAGAUUGACUAUAUAGAGAUGAUUAGGCCAAUUGAAAUCCCAGUGCUGAGCCCGAGUGAAGUGACGCAGUUGCGAAGUCUUGUUGGAGCUCUGCAAUAUGCAGCCGUCCAUACCCGUCCCGACAUUGCGGCCAAAGUUGGAGAGAUCCAAAGUAGGGUGGCAAAGGCAACAGUCGAUGACAUGAUUUUUGCAAAUCGAGUGUUGCAUGAGGCAAAGGUUCACCCUGUGACUUUAAUGACAUUGCCGAUUGCCCCUGAACAAGUGACUUUCUGUGCCUUCUCCGAUGCCUCGUUCCUUUCAGGAAAAGAGAAAUAUGCCCAUCAGGGAGGUUUGAUUUUUGUCACGACUCCAGAGUUGCUGGAGAACAAGAGAUCAGUGGUAGCACCAGUAGCUUGGAUGAGCAAGAAAAUUCAACGGGUGACGAGGAGCACCUUGGGGGCUGAAGCAGUGGCAUUGAGUGGGAAUGUUGAUCGUUUGUUGUGGUUGAGGAUUUUGUGGCAGUGGUUGAAUAACCCCUCAAUUGAAUGGCAGUCCCCCGAGAAAGUGUUGCACGAAGCCCGACGAGCUGCUCUUGUGACCGACUGUAAGAGUGCCUAUGACCUUCUGACUCGCACGGCCGUUCCACAGUGUGAGGAGCAUAGGACCACCAUUGAGUGUUUGCUCAUCAGAGAAAGAUUGCAGGCCAAUUGCGUAGUGAGAUGGGUUACAUCAAAUGCUCAGCUUGCAGAUUGUUUGACAAAGAGCAUGGAUGCAAGCGUUUUGCGACAGUGUUUGAAGAGUGGUCGGUAUUCUUUGUUUGAUGAAAAUCGAGUGUUGCAACAGAGAUCUGACAAGCGACAGCGUUUGAAAUGGGCCAAAGAAGUGACGUCCAAGUCUCCAGAAAAUGAGACAGUUUUGAAAUGUACAGAAGAAGUCCGGCAGGACACAUGGGAACAGGACUCAAGUGGCCAGGUUAUCCGCGUACAUGAAUUCUGGAUUGUCCUGUUGAUCUUAGAACCUUGGGGUUGGAGAGAGUAA